AUGGGAUCAGCAGUGACUCAGGUCCUCGCUGAUGCGUACAUGGCCGAAUGGGAAGCCGAUUUUUUGGCGUCACAAAGACAAGCGGAGGAGAUGUAUGUACGUUUUAGAGAUGAUAUCUUCUUCACUACCCUNAACAAAAGCUAGGCAUUCUCAAUAACAAAGACACUAGCAUCAAGUUGACGUUUGAAAUUGGAAAGAGCUGUGCGUACCUCGAUGUUUUCAUCAAGGCACAGGUUCCGCGUGCAUCAACAGCCGUGUACCGCAAACCGGUAGUCCAACCAUACUUACUGCCAUUUGACAGCUCACACCCAAUGCAUGUCAAGCGAAAUAUACCUGUGGCUUCAUUCAUUCGUGCCCAUCAGGAUAUGUUCGGACCAAGAGGCGUGUCAGGCGGAAUUCACACGAAUACGCACGCGCCUACUCCUCAACAGGUACCCACCGGUAUUUAUAGACCAGCAACUCCAGCGUCUCCUCAACGACUUAAAACUCUCCUCUAAGGACGAGCUUUUUCACAAAUACCACCCUAUUCGGACUCACCUACGACAGAUAGACUGGAGAAAGCAGGACCCGUCAAUCAAACAACGGUGUCCCAUCAACUGGGUUACUGACCUGCUAAUACAUUUUUCCUACACGCCAUCUUUAAACCGUUUUGUCACACGUUUCAACCACCUUUGGCGGCAAAUGUAUGCCGACACACCCCUUGAGCCUAUUACGCCCAUAUUCAGUUUUCGCACAACACCUAACCUUGCCAGAACUUUUGUAAGAAAGGAACCACCCAAGCAUAUACUUCAACCGCAGAUAAGUCAUGCAACCACAUAGAGUAAAAAAACUCCCAACGAAAACGCUGUAUAUUGUCUCUCUCCCUACUCACUGCCACCACCACCACCACUCACUGUCACCACCCUUCACAUUCACCACGCAUUAUCGAAUGUCAAAUGCGCACUUUUUACGCGCAAAACUACCAUAAAGUAUUUUUGUUGAUUUUUGUUUAAACAAUAGCUCAGAAACUCCAAUCCAUUAAUCUUUUUAGUUUUCUUCAAAAACGUUUUUAAUCCAGCAAAACGUUCACCGCACAAAAUGCUCCGUUUUUGCCUCUACCCUUAUGCGCCCAAUAUGUUUCGUUUUCACGCGAAACCAAAAGCGUCUUUUUUCGAUGAUUUUUACCCAAAAACUGGCUAAAUACCCGUGCUGAUGCAUUUAUACGACUUGAGAUGGUACUAGAGUGACCUGAACCACUAUACUGACAACCUUACUAACAAUCUUACACAACGCACACGAAUCCGCCAAAAAAUCUUUUUAAAAAAAUUUUCUGAAAAAACUUUUAAUUCAGCAAAAGAUUCGCCUAAAAAAGUGCUCCGUUUUUGCCUCUACCCUUAUACGUCUAAUAUGUUUCGUUCACGCGAAAUCAAAAAUACCAGAAAACUUUUUUCGAUGAUUUUUACCCAAAAAUGUUUUUUGAUAUUUUUGAGCUCUCUGAAGUGCAAAACCGCUUAAAAGCUUUUCGAAGCAUCAUCGGAUCUGCUUCAGGAGACGAAAAAUCACAUUUCUAGGUUGUCCGAGAAUUAGGACAAAUCUCUUAUUGCAGUUGUCACCGCCUGAGGUUAUUAUUAUAGCGGCUUCUUGAUGGUUCAUCAUUUAGUCUAACGAAAUCGUCAUACAUUUUACCAUACACAUCCAUUUUCUGUUAUCAUUCGUUCCACUCCGAAAAAUAAAAAAAAUUUUUUUUGUUCUCAUCCGCUCCUGUCCAAACAGUCUUCAUUGUUUAUUUCUAACAUGUAUUUUCAUUGAUUAUUUUUAUUUUUACUUUUAUUGUUAACAUGUCCUUUCUGCCUAUAUAACCUGCAUGUUUUUCUCAUAUCCUUUCACAUACGUACACUGAAGAAGAUAUUCGAAAUGCAUUUAUACGUGUGACUUUUAUGACAUCAUCAUUUUCGGUCUUCAAUCUUUACUUGUAAUUUUAUAAUAAAAUAAAAAAAAGUUUUUGUUUGGUACAAAAAACAAUUUGUAAAUUUUUUUCAAAAUGGAAGACAUAAAGUGACACGUGUGUUGAACAGUAGAAAAGUGUAAUGUACUAAGACCUAUUAUUCGCACUCAUUUUUCUAUCAAUAAUCGUCUAUAAUUCACAAUAUAUUUUUCAAACAUAGAUGGAUUUUGUUCGAAACGAAACACAAAGACACGCUCCUCCCAUAUUAUUUCCCAAAACUCCUUUCGUCACCAACGUAAUGGAAGUGAAAGAUGGGUUUGUAACAGGACAUGAAAGUACACAGUUUCCGGCUCGUGUUGAUCGGGUUAUAUAUGGUAUUAAGCAUAAAGCUUUUGAAGAUGCCAAAACACGGAUUUAACAUAUUUAUGUUAAAAAAAUAUGCAAAAAAUGCAACUACAUUCUCUACCUAAUGCGAAGAAACAAACAUAUUUUUAGUACAUCCAGUCUCGAUCAAAUUCUAAAUCUUAUGCUAUGCCAGUAAUAACCUAUUCGGACAUAGUUUAUGCUUGCCUGAAAGAUUUGCAUCGAAAAACAAACGUUAUUCAGUACCUUCGGCUCUAUCUCAAACCUAUAUAUGACAUACAGUAUAAAGCUGCUUUAAUUGUUAGCGGUGCUAUGCAUUUGAGUUCAAUAGAAAAGGUAUUAAAAAUUCUUGGAUGAACUCCUAUUGAAACUUUAUAUGCCAUGAAUAAAAUUUUGUUAUUAUUUAAAAUAAAAAGAGGGCUCACAUCAUCGUUCCUUUCUCAAAGGAUACCGAAUUAUCUCACUGCUGCUAUGUCAUUGAGGUCUCGGGUUAAAGGUCAACUUCAUAUUUUUCAUACUCAGACGGAAAAAUUCAGAAACAUAUUCUUUCUUUGGGUAAUUACGCAGUGGAAUAAGUUACCUGUCGAAUUGUAUCAGACAAUUAAGUUGGUUCGCUUUCGCUCAAAGAUACAUGAUUUUCUGCAUCCAUAUUACAAAUGGUCACAGUUCAAACACGUUGACCGAAAGCAUGAAAUGCUUUUUAAGCAAAUGCGUGUUGAAUUCGCUCGAUCAUUCAACACGCUGAAGAUUGAAUUUUGAGCUGCAUAGUAGGCACUUAGAAAUGAAUAGUGCAGUUCACUAAUCAGUAUUGUGCACUGACUGGCAUAAUAUAGCACCUGGGUUAGUCUUCACACUUAAACACAUUUUACUUUUACACAUUUUUUUUUUUUUUUUUUUUCAGAAUAACUAAAAAACAUAGAUAACUUUACAAUUACCCAGCUACAUAAAAUAACCGUGGAAUAUAUCAAAACUACCCAACGUUUCUGAGUACUACUUAUCUCACUUCUGUUUUGUGAGACAUACCAUCACUCUCUCAUGCAUCUGCUCUUCUUCAAAGUUCGUUUCUUCGCUUUCAGAUGCAUUUUUUCCCUCUUUUCGUUUCUCUUUCUUUCUGUACAAUGUAACAUCUAAUCGACAAAACAAAAAGACAUGAUGGGUUCCCCUCUUUCUUCUUGUUCUGUUCUGUUUCAUUCUUUUUUUGUAUACCACAUUAUACUUAUCAGAUAAAGCUUAUAAUAACAUAUUUACGAUGAUGAAGUCAUAAAAUUUGUAAGUUAAAUUGGAACAGCUUUUGUAGUUUCUGGUUUUGAUUAUAUUCGAUCAACAGCAUAUCGUAAAACAGUCAGUUUUGCCACUGUUAUUAAAAUUCAUAUCAUCGAUUGUGAUUUCUUCACCUUUGACACAACAUCAAUGAGACAAUUUUUUUAUUUCGUGAUACGCCAGGAAAUAAUAAAAUUUUGGAUUUCACUUCUUCAAAUGUAGUUCAAUUUUUAAGUAAAAUUUCAGCUGAUAUGGUGGACAGAUUUGCUUCCGUCAUUUUGCUGACUCAUGUGAACACAGGAAUGCCGAUGAAACAUUUCCAGAAUGUCUUAUCAAUCGUAUAGUAUUAGUUAUUUGGAGUGACUAAUUCUUCAGAUAGUCGUUCAAGAUACUCCAUCUCUUAUAAAAUGUAUUUCAGUUGUGAAACAAGUAUUUUCGCAGAAAUAUUGGUUUCUCAGUCGAGAUACUUGAUUAAAAUAUGGAUUGCAUCUCACGAGGGAACCUUUCGAGGUGAUUAAAAGCUUUUUGAUCGACAUCUAGUGGGUUAUAGGUUAUCGACCAUGCUGAUUCCGAAUAUGAUCAUGGG